UGUGUCUGGGUUUGGGGUCCCAUAAGAUUCAAGCCAGAACCUGGAAUUCUCCAUCACCCACAAACCAUCUAUAAAUACAAAUACCCUAAUAGAAGGGUGGUGGAGUGAGAUCUAUCCUUUGCCUUUUUCCUUGACAAGAGAGAGUCCUGUUCUUGUCCUCUCCCCUACCAUUUUAUUGUGGGAUUGUUCCUUCCUCAUCUCUUCAUUUUUGCGGCCCUGAGAGGGGGGAGGGAGAGAUUUGGAUGUCUUUCGGACAAAUGAAAGCAUAUAAUUAAUGAGGGUUUACAGAUUUAAGGGAUCACAUGGAAGCCUUUUGGCAUGUGACAGCUCCUUUUGGGUUUUUGGUUCCACCCUUUAUCUCUUUUCCAUGAAGCCCAACUGAGUGCCUCUCACUUCCUUCUUCCUACCACCUAGAAUAUCUCAGUUUUAUUCCACCAUUUUCUUCCAGGGUUCUCUUCAUUCAUUUGCAUGGUCUCUUAUUCUCUCUCUUCUCCCUGUUCAUCCUCAUCUAUUUGUUGCUAGUCCUGCUGUCUUUCCUGGUCACAAAGAAGCAAUCCAUGGUUUGAAGCACCAAGUUCUAUUUUUCUCGUGAAGGAACAAAAAAUCAUAUAGAUCUAACUGAUUCUUUUUCUCUACUGUAUUUUUCUUCAUUAAAUUCCAAUGUGUUUGCUUGGUUGUUUACCGAUUUUCGUGUAAAGAGUUGAGUACAAGUUUUAUGGUGUUUUCUUCAUCAUCUUCCUAACGUACACUCUUUCAUAUUAUUUGGUAUACAAAAUCCCUUUGUCUCAACACAUUGCACCUCAUAAGUAUAUCACGACAUAAAAUAUCAUCUUCUUCUAUCCUUCUCAUGGAGUUUCCUCUGUUAUGCACGAGAGUGAAUGCCCUUAUUCUCCUUCUAACUCUUUGCUCUCCAUACAAGUUCAUUCAGAGCCCCAUGGACUUUGGGCCCUUAAACUUUCUUCAGACCACAAACACAGCAACCCUUGACUUUGGGAGGAUCCUCUUCAACUCCCCCUCAGCAGUCCUCAGGCCUCAAUCCCCCAGGGAUAUCUCUCUGCUCCUCAGCUUCCUCUCUGCUUCAUCGUUCAGCAAGGUCACAGUUGCAGCACGAGGAGCAGGUCACUCCAUCCAUGGCCAAGCCCAGGCCCCUGACGGCAUUGUUAUUGAGAUGGCCUUCCUUCCCUCCAACAUAGUAAUCCACGAGAAGGGGGAAGAGGAGGCUGGUUUCUCCUAUGCUGAUGUCAGUGGUGGGGCUCUUUGGAUUGAGCUGUUGGAGGAGAGCUUGAAGUAUGGGCUGGCGCCAAGGUCUUGGACUGAUUAUCUCCAUCUCAGCAUUGGUGGGACUCUAUCCAAUGGUGGUAUCAGUGGCCAGACUUUCAAAUAUGGCCCUCAAAUCAGCAAUGUCCUUCAACUAGAAGUGAUCACAGGAAAAGGAGAGGUGGUGACAUGCUCACCCAACAAAAGUUCAGAUCUUUUUUAUGCAGUCCUGGGUGGGCUAGGCCAGUUUGGCAUCAUAACAAGGGCCAGAAUCCUGCUUCAAGAGGCUCCACUCAAGGUGAGAUGGGUGAGAGCCUUUUAUGAGGACUUCAAUACCUUUAUCAGUGACCAAGAAUUGCUGGUCUCAAUGCCAGACUUGGUGGACUAUGUUGAGGGCUUCAUAGUUCUCAAUGAACAGUCCCUCCACAGCUCUUCCAUUGCCUUCCCUGCCCACCUAGACUUCAUCCAUAAGCUCCAGAGCAAAGGCAGCAGCUCUAAAGUCUACUACUGCAUUGAGUUUACUGUCCAUGAGUACCAAAUCAUGGGCACUGAUGUAGAACAAGUUGUGGAGGAGAUUUCAAGGCUGUUGAGCUACCUGCCCUCUCACUUCUACAGUGUGGAGGUCUCUUACUUUGAUUUCCUCAACAGAGUCAGGAUGGAGGAAAUGAGCCUUAGAGGGAGGGGCCUAUGGGAUGUUCCCCACCCUUGGCUUAACAUGUUUGUGCCCAAGUCUGGGAUCAAAGAGUUCAGGAACUUGCUGAUGGAGAAUAUUUCCCCUGAUGACUUUGAGGGUCCUCUCCUCAUUUAUCCACUCAUAAGAGACAAGUGGGACAUGAACAUGUCAGUGGUAUUGCCGGAGGCGGCCGGCGGGCAGGUGGUAUAUGUGGUGGGAGUGCUACGCUCGGCCAACCCGGCUAGCUGCUCUACCUAUUGCCUCCACGACCUCCUCCACCUCCACCGCCGUAUUGCUGAUGCCGCUUCUGGGCCUAGCAUAGGAGCCAAGCAGUACCUGGCCCACCAUACCUCCACAGCCCACUGGAAGGCCCACUUCGGCCCACACUGGGACCAGUUCAAGGCCCGCAAGGCGCGGUUCGACCCACUUAGCAUUCUGGCCCCAGGCCAUGGCAUCUUUCCAAGGCUCUAUGCCCCUUCACAUUGAUGUCCAUAUAUCUCCCCACAUACAAAAUAUAUGCCACUGUCAUUACAAGAACUACAUAUACUAUAUAUGGUUAGAGAAAGAGAGGGGUGAGAAGAGAAAGAUGGAAUCUGUUUUGGUGAUCCAGCUCUGUUCUUAAGUUUCUUCUAUGGGGAUUUGCUUUUUCUUAUUUCUUUCAUAUUAUGAAAGUUUUGGAGGGGAACCCAUGUAAGAUAUUUAGGAAUUUUGUACAGGGAAGGGAGUGGAUCACCAGAGGGAGAGGAGGAUUGGGGAGAGAUGGGUAUAUUAUUCUGUUUAUUGUAUGAAAAGAAAUUGUCUUACUUUUUCCCCCUUCAUUGAAUUAUUCAUGUCUUUCCCUUGAAUUUGGUGCUCUAGUUUGCCCCUUUCUGCAGUGUGC